AUGACUAAGCGGUAUCUGCGUACGGUCGCUGAAGUGGUGCAGGCCUUGCCGAGUACUGAUUUUCUCACGAAAAGUUUCGACUUGCUCUGCUGCAUGAAGGAAGACACUCGGAUUCGGAAUGUGGGAGGUACUCUCAAGUUUGUCGUGUCGGAUGCCUUCUUCAACGCGGGACAGAGUGGGCUGCAGAUGCGUGUUGAGAGCGAAAAUUCAAUGGACCAGCUUGAACAUGAUCCUGCAUCGCAGUUUGCGGAGUUUUGUCCGACGUGGCAAUCGCGACCGACAGGUUCAUCUGUUUGGUUGCUCAUCAGGGACAUCAGAAUUCAGACCGAGGGGUCUCAACGUGUUGCUGUGUUGCAGGUAGGACGGAAAACAUCGACGCUGGUGUGGCAAUCGGCUAAUGCUCCUUUGGUUGGGACUUUCCGGGAGAAACUUGGCGGGUUGCGAGUAGUGUCAAACGAUGCUCCAGUGGCAUCUCAUCUCCGGGAACACGCAACGGUACAAGAGCGCCAUGUUCCCGAUUUGCCCCGUGAAAGCUGUGCACUUAACCAUGAAAAUGGAAAUGGGUCUGGGGCCAGCAAACGACGGAAGCGACUAGAUAGCUCUGCGCAACCUGCCACACAACCGCAAGCCAUUAGGCCCCCGCAUCCUGAUUCCUUCGCCAAACAAUCAACGGUUUGCUCUCGUCCAAGUAUUGAGAUGCAAUUAUCUUCCAUAGCGGGCCUUCGAGAGGCCGUUUCCAAGAGGAAACUCCAUCCGCAUCGUAUCCGAGCUCGAGCCCGAGCUUGCUCUGUUCCACGUGAUACACGUCAGCUCUGUCGGCCAUGGUGCGCCCGUUGUAAGGUGUUCAUGAAAGUACAUGGAAAUCUGAGAGCUGUAGAAUGCGUCAAGUGCGCACGUGUCCUGCACAAGGUGCAAAGGGCCGAGAUGCAGUGGGCGUACUGUGUUUGCCUUAAUAUGGAAGACCGAGCCGGGAGGAGGCUCGAUGUAUGGAUCGAAGGGGAGGAAGGGUCCUCUUUUUUCGGUGCGUUUCCAGCUGCUGAUCUCGCGAAGAACGUUGACAAGCGACGGCGAUUGCUCAAAUUGUUUCAAACUCUACUGAAUCCGGAAGUUGAAAUCGAUUGUUGCGUCGUCCCGUAUGAGUAUGAAGACACGCACGGUCUUUGCCAUGUUGCCUCGAAGAUUUUUGCAACGAAAUUAAUCGAAGACCUUCGGUAGGAUAGAAAUCUAGGUGAUAGAUGCAGCAUCAGGUUCAAGGUGCUGCUUCUCUUCAUUAUGUAAGAGUGUGUGCCUACCGGCAUGCACAGCUUGAAAGUAUGACUUUCAUAACUAUUUAUUAUGUUGUACACUGACGAAUGCAAAAGCGCUUGGUCAUGUGAUAGA